AUGAUCUGUUGUAGAACAAUUAUGGAAUCAGAUGAUAAUAUAACUUGUUUAUAUUUUCUAGAUUUAGAAGUACAUGAAUUAGUAGAUAGAUUAGAUAAUGAAACGAAUAAUAGAUAUCAUAAAUUAAAUAGAGCUAUUGGACAAUUGUCUGCAAGUGUGAUGUCGAUAAAAUCAACUCUAAUUGGAACCUCCACGCGUGCUUGUGAAGAAGUCUCUUCCAUGUUUGUACAACCAGUAUUACCCAUUCGAAAUCAAGAGCAAUCACAAGUUCUAAGAGCACUCAACGUUGAGGUGGAGGAACUGUUGACAUCUAAAAUUCUGAUUGAAACAUAUCUAUUGUUGUUUGUUCAAGUCUAUUCACAAUCGUCUCCAAGUAAACAUGAAGCUAUUGUAUGGUGUUCUGUCUUCUGUGAUAAAAGUUGGUUAACUAACGUCAAAAAAUCAUUAUUUUAA